AUGAUUCGAAUUCAAGAUAUAAAGAUGAAGAUUGUUUCCACCAACAAGGCAGAUAUGAAUUUCAAGAUGAAUUUCAUAGCUUUGUUGAUCAACUCGCUGAUAGAGUCAAGCUCUUCAGGAAAAGCAAACACGAACCCAUUGAACUACAUAACAAGCAAGACAAAAAUAAGCAACAUCAACUGGUGUUCUUAUCUGAUAGAUUGUUUGGUUACAAACAAACAGUCUUUUGAUCCAUCCAAUCCAACAAGCAAUUUUAAUGGACCAUGUGCUUAUUUGGUGACAAAAUCAAAUAUGAUGUACUUAAGUCCAGUGAUCUGCCACUGGACUUCAGAGAAGAUAAAGAUGAGAGAAACUUUUGAAAAGGAUGAGCUUGGAGAUUUUGGAACAGGGGAUUUUAACGAUGAGUUUGUCGAGAAAGAAUUGAAUGAGGAGAUGAGAAUGAAGAUAAUCAAGAAAAAAAAUGGGAAUGAUGAUGUUCAAGAUGAAAAUAGUGAUGAUGAUGAAGAUGACAAUGGAGAUGAUAAUGAUGAAGCAAAGAAAAAGAAUGUAGGAGGGGAAAAUAUUGAAGGAGGUAUAGGAGAAGGAAAUGAGAAUUUUAAAGGAGGAGAGGAACAACAAGGAAAAAAUAAAGAUGGGGGAGGUGAAGAUAUUGAAAGAACAGAUGGUGAGGAAGAUGAAACUGAUAAUAAGGAUCAAGGUUUGGAUGACAUGAAUUUACAUGAUGAAGGUGUGGAGGGGAAGAAUAUAGAAGGGAAGAAUGCUAAGAAAGGAGAAGGAAGAACUGGUGAAGAACCACAGAGAGUUGGAGAAGAUUCACUCUCUCAUCUUCCGGGUUUCACAUCCCAGGAGAUAAAAGACGUAUUUUUCGCCAUCUAUCCCGCACCUUCAGGAUCCGAUCCUAUUUUCACUACUCCAACCUCAUCCAGCAUGGAGAAUAUGCAGAGUUAUUGGCAAUUGGGAGAUGAACUUCGAGGACAAUCAAAAGUUUCGGAGGAUCAGCUAUGGUAUGCAGCUGCUUCAAGAUUAGCUGAACAGACAAGGUCAAAGGGUGAACGAAGAAACAAUUUAGAUCUUUCAAAAGACACUACUACUACAAGGCCCAGAGAAAAUGUGGUGUUUCAAGAGGAAAACAAAUUUGAAAGCCUCAACUUGAACAUGUUAAAUCUGAAUCUGAAUCUGGAGAUGAACAAAAAUCCCCUUCGGUACAACACAAAUAACAACAUGUAUCAGAAGGGAAACAAUAGAAUUAUGGAAAACAACAUGACUAGUAGCAAGUAUCCUGGAAACAGUCACAACAAGGAUAUCAACAACAACGAUAAUAACAUUGGUAAUGCUAAUGCUGUUGCUGCUGCUGACAAGAGAUUCAAGACAUUGCCUGCAGCUGAAACACUCCCUAGAGAUGAAGUUCUUGGUGGAUACAUCUUUGUCUGUAACAAUGACACUAUGCAGGAGGAUUUAAAGAGACAGCUAUUUGGUUUGCCACCAAGAUACAGAGACUCUGUUAGAGCAAUUACACCUGGGUUACCUCUGUUUCUCUACAACUAUACUACUCACCAGCUACAUGGUAUUUUUGAGGCAACGACAUUUGGUGGUUCCAACAUUGAUCCGAGUGCCUGGGAGGACAAGAAGUGUAAAGGGGAAUCACGGUUUCCAGCCCAGGUCAGAAUCCGAAUAAGGAAAGUGUGUAAGGCAUUGGAGGAAGAUGCUUUUAGGCCCGUCUUGCAUCACUAUGAUGGUCCUAAGUUUAGGCUUGAGCUCUCCAUCCCUGAGACAUUGGACUUGCUAGAUCUGUGUGAACAGAAUGGAGUGUAAGUUUUAGUUUCAGAGUGUUGUAUUGUUUUAAAGUAAGCAGCAGCAGCAUGCAUUUUCGUCUUCAUGGAGCUUCUGUAUAAGCGUAAGCUUGGGUGAAGUUGUUUUGUGGGGAAGCCAACGUGAAUAAAAAGUGAUUGAUAUUGUUAUUGUGUGGUAGCCAGCAGCUUUGUUUUGUGUUACUUUUAAAUUUUAAUAGCAGCAACAACCACCUAAUCCUAAUGGAUAUGCGACUUUACUUUUGUGUGUAAUGAAUGAUAUGACA